CACAAGCCAAGGGCGCAACGACGCGAGCCCAUCAUCGGUCUCCCCCUUCCCUCCCUCCCUUCCCCAACCCUAAUCUACAUACACGUAGAUCCAUACCCCCGCCGCCGCCGCCGUGCCCUAGCUCCCCGCCGCCCUAGGCGCGAUCGGCGGCGUCCUCCUGCUGGGCAGAGAAGGGGCGGCGGAGGAGGGAUCCCGCGGCCAGGGCCAACCUCGCGACGGGGGCCGUCAUCAUGGAGGAGGACGGCGCCUCCGCGGCGGAGGCGGCGGUACCGGCUGCCACGAAGCCGCUCACGCCCGAGGAGGAGGCGCUCCGGCGCAACACCGACUGCGUCUACUUCCUCGCCUCGCCCCUCACCUGCAAGAAGGGAAAUGAAUGUGAUUUUCGUCACAGUGAGAUUGCCCGGAUGAACCCCAGAGACUGUUGGUACUGGUUAAAUGGCAAUUGCUUGAAUCCAAAGUGUUCAUUUCGCCAUCCGCCAAUUGAUGGUAUGUUUGGUGCUCCAAGUCCUGGAAUACCUGCAGUUUCUUCACACUAUGCUGCUUAUAACUUGGGCAAGCAGAUGGUCCCUUGCUAUUACUUUCAGAAAGGGAAUUGCGUGAAAGGUGAUAAAUGCCCCUUUUACCAUGGACCACAGUCGACUGGUAAUAAUCCACCAGAACAGGUGGCGAAGGUUUCUUCAUUUCCUUUGGAGCAGCCUCAGACCCAAAAGAACGAUUUGUUGGGUAUAAAGGAGUCUGCACGGACAAAUAAUUUAAUUCAGCGAGGUGGUCCAAUAAUUGAUGACAGGUCCAAAAUGGCCGUUGAUAGGCCUACAGCAAAUUCUGCCAAGACACCUGCAGAUGCAAUACCUGCUAAACUUGCUUCCAGCGCAUUGAAAUCUUUGCCCAAGUCAGAGAAGCUACAAAGCAGUAUGCCAGCAGCAAAGAGAAGUUUCAGAACCUCUUCAGGUGAGGAUCAUCCUGAGUGCUAUCACAACAAUCUUAUCGAAAGUGAUCCUGUGCAAGAUUGGAAUGAAGAUUACCGACCACCUGCUGAUGAUGACUUGCCCCAGAACAGUAGAGAGGCUGAUGAAUUGCCAGGUGAGUCUUCACCUGGUUUUGAUGUUCUUGUGGACAAUGAUGGAGAUGCUGCUGCUUAUUUGCAUGACGAGGAAGAUUUUGGAAGGGAUAUGUAUCCAGUGGAGGAUUAUGAAUAUGCUCCGGCUGAUUUUGAAAUUCCGCCACAUCAUGAAAGAGAGCUGUUCAAUCGAAUGGGCGAGCAAGGCCCAGUCGGACAAAUUUAUGAUGGCUAUGAAAGGAAGCGCCGUAGAACAUCAUCUGAGAGGAACAUGGACAGACCUUCCCAUUCAGAAAGAAGGUCCCGUCACAGAGAUAUUGGUCAUGUUGAGAUAGAUGGAUCAGAUUUACGUCACCGUCUCCGCAGAAGAAAAAUAAAUGGUUCUUCAGGCACUAGCCCGGAACGCAGUGGAGAGCACCGCCGGAGGGAUGAACGCUAUAGGGAAAGGGCGUACGAUGGACACCAUACACACAGAGAUCGCCAUCGGAGCCCUCGAGGAAGCACUUUAAGCUCUCGCCUGCAAGGCAGAAUAAAGCUUCCUGGAAGAUCACCUGAUAGAGUGGUUACUAGCUCUGAGAAAGAGCAAGAUAGAAGACCACUCCGGGAAAGGCUGUCUCCAGUUAAGCAUAUGGAUGUUCAGGGUGUGAGGCAUCGGGAGGCAGGGCAACAUCAAGAGAGGACUCUGCGGAGAUCAAGCGAACUUCCCUCCAGUGCUAGGAAUGCAGAUGGACAGCAUUUGAGGAGGAACGUAACAGAAUCACUCAACUUUGGCAGGAAGGCCAAUGGAAGGGUUGAAUCUGAAGCAUCUCUUGAUUUUGAAGGUCCGAAGCCUCUCAGCAUCAUCUUGCAGAAGAAAAGACAGGCUACAUGUGGCAAUGGCUCAUCUGCCCACAAUGGCAAACAAGAUAAAUCUGCCAAGGUCUCACAUAGGCAACCUGAGUCUAUUGUUGAAACUGAGAAGGAAGGCUAUGACAACAUUGUCAGUUCUGAAGAAUACAAGAGUAGAUCAGGUGAUGAAUACAAAGAGGAAAGCCGUAUCCCUGCGGAGGGCCAUGGCCAAUCUUCAUCUCAUGGUGACAAACCUGAGACAGAAGACAUUAUUGAAGUGGAUCCCGUGGUAAAUCAAGAGGCUGAUAACUAUGAGCAGGGGGAGGGGGAGUCCGACUACGAUGCAGCUGAAGGCCAAGAAUACAAAUCUGAAGAUGAGAAUGCAUAUCAAAACGAUGAAGACGAGUUUGAAGAUGACGAUGAUUUUGCCCGGAAAGUAGGGGUUGUCUUCUCUUAAGCUCUGGUUCGUUUCUUGGUUAUGUUGCUUCAGGCCAAGCGGGAAUGCUUGAAUUCCUUGGCGAUUCCCUUGGAUAAAUUCUUCUGGCGCUCCAUGUUUCUUUUUCAAGUUCAUGGUGCCAAAGCCUCUUUUCUGAGGCUGAUAAGUGAUAACUGCUAAGUAUAGGUCAGGCGUGAAGUGAGGUAGAUUUUUAUAAACGAGAAAGCGAUUACGUGUAAAGACAGCUGUUCUUUGUUCAGCUUAUUUGAUGCAUCCUCAAACUUGUAUUGUAUUAGUUCCCUUACUAACGUCGAGAUGAUUCAUUGAUUUUCACGCCUGAGAUGGAUAAUAUAGCCCUCCUCUUGGAGGGCACCUUUUCUCCUACAAAGGGGGAACUUAUGUU